GAUAAAUGCUGUGAGAGGUUUCCGGAGACUCCAGUGGCACUGUGAGCGCACACUUUAACGCGAGAUGAUCUUCACCAUCCUUUUGCUUGUUCUGCUGAUUUUUAUUCUAACGAACAGAUGGAGAUCCAAGAGGGAGCCUCCUGUGGACAAAGGAAUGAUCCCGUGGUUAGGCCAUGCACUUGAAUUUGGAAAAGAUGCGUCCAAGUUCAUAAACCGAAUGAAAGUGAAACAUGGGGACAUUUUCACUGUGCGUGUUGUUGGCCGUUAUGUGACGGUGUUGCUGGAUCCGCACUCCUACGACACAGUCCUGGAAGACUCGGGUUCCCUGGACUUCGCACGUUACGCACAGGUGCUGAUGGAGAGGAUCUUCAGACUGCAGCUCCCACAUAACCAGCUGGCUAAAUCAAAAGAGAUGAUGAAAAGGCACUUUGCGGGAAUUAAUUUGGCCGCUCUAAACAGCACCAUGAGCAGAAACCUGCACGCCUUGCUGAAAGCAAAGGCGCACCGGAACCAGAAAGACUGGAAAGAGGAGGGACUGUUUGACUUCUCUUACAGCUUGCUAUUUAAGGCGGGGUACCUGACGCUGUUCGGGGGAGAGCAGAACAACAACCGCACAGACCCUUCGACUGUCUACGAGGAGUACAAGACGUUUGAUGGUCUCUUAACCAAAAUGGCACGAAGCACACUCAAACCAGAGGAGAAGAAGACAGCACAGAGUGUUCAAAAGAAACUCUGGGAGCUUCUGACUCCAGCAGGUCUGACUGAUGAAUCGGGGUCAAGCCCUUGGGUGCACGCCUACAGGCGGCUCCUGCAGGAAGAUGGGACGGAUGAGGAAAUGCAGAACAGGGCUAUGCUGAUGCAACUCUGGUCCACACAGGGUAAUGUUGGUCCUGCUGCAUUUUGGCUCUUGGGCUACUUGUUGACAAAUCCUGAAGCCCUGGUGGCAGUAAGGAGGGAGUUUAGCCAGAUCUCACAGAUGGAAACCACCACAGGGACUCCUCUCAUGGACAGUCAAGUGAACACCCCAGUGUUUGAUAGCGCCUUGGAAGAAGCACUGAGACUCACCGCCGCCCCCUUCAUUACAAGAGAGGUAGUUCGGGAAAAGAUUCUCUACAUGGCCGAUGGCCGAGAGUACCUGCUAAGAAAAGGAGACAGGGUGUGUUUGUUUCCCUACAUCAGCCCUCAGAUGGACCCUGAGAUCUUCCACGAGCCACAGAAAUACAAAUACGAUCGCUUCCUGAAACAGGAUGGAUCAGCAAAGAAGGAUUUUUAUAAAGGAGGGAGGCGGCUGAAAUAUUACACCAUGCCAUGGGGUGCAGGGACCAAUGGCUGUGUGGGAAAGCAGUUUGCUAUCAAUACCAUCAGACAGUUUGUUUACAUGGUGUUGACUAACUAUGAUUUGGAGCUCUGUGACCCAAAUGCUCAGAUGCCAGAAAUAAAUGCCAGUCGUUAUGGAUUUGGGAUGCUACAACCUGAGGGAGACUUGCCUGUUCGAUAUAAACCUAGAAACGCUCACUAGGAAAAUGAGCAAGAACAAGAAUUGCCUGCACAUUUCAACAUAAAAACUUUGUAUAUAGUGUCCAUAUGCCCUUUGUGAUUUAGUGUUUUUUUUUUUUUGUUUGUUUGUUUGUUUGUUUUAUUUAUGUAAUAAAGUGUGAAAUUUUUUUUUUGCUUUCAUUUUUAUCAAUGAAUAAUCUUGUAAUUUUGUGUCAGACUCCUUUAGAGGGAUUUUUACAUGCCCUUUCUUUACCUACCAUUAUUAUUAUUACUAUUGUUGUUGUUGUAAAUAAAAUGUAAUAACUUAAUAAUAUAUUGAUAAUUAAUAUU